AUGAGACGACGUUGGAAGGAGGCAUGCCACUGGGCGAAGAAUCCUGAAGCUGUCAAAGACUGGGCUCGGCGUGCUAUGCAUCUCUCUGUCGUCGCCGCCAAGGAUGUGGUCGAAGCAUAUUAUGGCCAAGAAAUCCAGUAUAGCUACUAUGACGGUUGUUUCACCGGAGGACGUCAGGGACUAAAAGAAGUCCAGACCUUUCCAGAUGACUUUGAUGGUGCUGUGAUUGGCGCCCCUGCUUGUUGGACAGUUCACCGGCUAUUGAUACAUAACCAACCAGGAUUUCACAAUCCACAUGAUGCCCUACUCGCAUUGGUAAACUGGGUCGAGAAUGGAACUGUCCCCGACUGA